CAGAUAAUAUCGAAUGACGAAUACAAAAGUGUGGAGCACAGAGUUCUGGCUAACCCUUUUCAAGAACCACGCGUAUCAGUUGCUGUCUUCUUUAACCCAAGCCAAAGAGAGAACUCAUUUGGACCUCUACCUGAACUAAUAUCAGAUGAAAAACCAGCAGUUUAUCGGGAAUUCGUGUUCAUGGACUAUAUGAGAAGAUUCUUUUCAAAGGAGUUGGAUGGGAAGACUUUGACAAAUUACUACAGGGUUUCAAAUCAAAUAUAAGAACAUCUUUGGACAGGCAGCAUUCUUUUGUAUCAAAAUAUGUAGCUUGUGUAAAUGAUACUGUUCUUGUACAUGUAUUAUGGAAUAAGAUUACUGUCAAGUGGAAUAUUUCAUCGAUAUAUUAGGAAAAUGCAUAUAUGCACAAAGAGCCGAAUACAAAUGAAUUUGCUUGUUUCACUUU